UGGAGAGUGACGUCCUUGUGACUUUUUACUUUCUAGAGAAUUGAGAGUUCAAUUCAAACAAAUGCUAAUCAUCAUAGAUAUAUAAAAUACAAAAAACUUACUUAUUAUCAUAAAAUGAUUUAAUGAUUUUUUAAAGCUUUUUAAUAUAUAUAAUCUUUUGCGCUGACGUUUAAUUAUUUUAUUAAUAUCAAAAUAAGUAGAAUUCCUUGAAAAUGAGUUUAGUUGGAAAAAAGUGCGAAUCAAUAUCCCUUGCAGAAACAAACAGAGACGAUGUAAUUCGUAACGAUGUAACGCCGGAGGAUGUUUUACGAUUGGAUAAAAUUACGGAUACAUAUUUAUGUAGUCCUGAGGCCAAUGUUUAUGAUAUAGAUUUUACAAGAUUUAAAAUACGUGAUCUAGAAACUGGCACUGUGUUAUUUGAGAUAGCUAAACCACCAACUGAUUUUGGUGUUGAUAACGAUGGAACAGAAGAUGUCCAGGAAGAACCCUUAGAUCCAAAUGCCGGAAGAUUCGUGCGCUACCAAUUUACACCGCAAUUUUUAAAACUCAAAACUGUGGGGGCUACGGUUGAAUUUACAGUAGGUGCUCGUCCCGUGAAUCAUUUCAGAAUGAUUGAAAAACAUUUUUUCAGAGAUACAUUGUUGAAGACAUUUGAUUUUGAAUUUGGUUUUUGCAUUCCAUUUUCAAGGAACACAUGUGAACAUAUUUAUGAAUUUCCUUCUUUGCCACCUGAUCUAGUGGAAGAGAUGAUUGCUGCACCAUUUGAAACUUGUUCUGACAGUUUCUACUUUGUGGACAAUCACCUGGUCAUGCAUAACAAAGCUGAUUAUGCCUACAAUGGGGGUAUAAACAAUUAAGAAAACAAAUGUAUUUUUCUUGUCACUAUUUGAUGAAAAUAAGCACUAAAUUUUUUUUUUUAACUUAUGUAUUAAUGGUAUGCAUAUUAUUCAUGAAUUUAAUUUUGAUACAAAAUUUAACAUUGAGAGCAAUAAAAAAAAUUGAAUACAAUUAUAAUGAUGAGGGUUUUGCAUGUAACAGUUAUUUGUUUUUAAUGCUUAGGAUAUAACUCUACUAUUUUAUUUUGUACUUAUUAACGUUUUGUAAUCAGCAAUUUUGUAAUUUACAAAUAUGCAUAGUUUAUUUAAGCUUUUAAUGAAUGAUAAAACAUUUAUUAUUUACUGAAGUAAUGAAUAUUUACAAAAAGACAUGCAUUCAUUUUUGAUUAAUUUUAUUAAGAUCAAAUAUGUUUAUAAAAAUAAAAAUCAGUAUUAAUAAUAAUUUUUGAAAAUAUAGAAACAAAUUUUGUUUGAUACUUCAUACAUUCCACAGUAAUAUUUAUUGAGGUAAUGUUGUUAUUAAUUAUUUUGUUUAGAAAAUAUAACUAUAAGUUUUUUUUUAUUUUAUAAAGAUACUUGACACAAGUACAAAUACUGGUGCCAAGUAUCUCCUACAAUAUUGUGAUAUUUGAAUUGUUAGUUAAAACGAGAACUUUAAAUACAUACUAUAAAUAAUGUAUACACAACAAUUAUGUAUGAGUGAAUAAUACUUGAAUAUUGGGUAAAAUCUAAUUUAUUUCAUUAGUACAUAUAUUUUUUUAAAACAAUUAAUCACAAAACUUUCAUGUGUGUUGUUAUCUAAGCACUGUUUGGGACACUUUAGAUAAUUUGUGUGUAACACUGUUUGGUCACUUAAAGGUACAUUUUAGUGUGAAAAAACUUUUAAUUAUACACAGUGAAUUUAAAAAUGUAUUCUAGUCAUUAUGUAUGUGCUAUGAUAAAAAUGUAUAAGGACUUGGUCUUGGAGGAAACAAUAUAUGUUAAUUACUACAGGGAUAUUGAGAUCUCAAGGGAUACGAGUAAAAUUUAAUAUAAUAAAACAAUGACAGAGGACAACCAAGUUUAUUAAUAAAAAACAUUGUUUCUAAAAAUGAAAUAAAAAUCUUAAUUUAGGAAUACAAUCAUUUUAUUCAGUCAUGUCAUA